AUGACGUCACCUGGCUCGGUCUGACUGGGUUCGGCUCAGGUUUCCGCGGAGAGUCCGGCGUUUUUUUACAGCAAGACCCGUCCGUUUCCGCAGCCCCGGGUCCGAGCGGCGAUGCUGGUUUCGGUUUAACGCCGCGCGCGCGCUCUGCUCUCGGAACCGCCAUUGUUGGGCUCGGCGGAGUGAUGAGGAGGAGGGCAGGACGGGGCUUCCGGUGUGAGCGCGCUGCUGCUGCUGCUGCCUUCCACAAACCAAAGCGGAGAUACGAGCUUCUGCUGCUGCCGCUGCUGCUGCUGCCGCUGGCGGGGAAUUUUCGAGGCUCCGUCCGCGUUUAGAGGAGAUGGUGAGACGGUGGCGGUCCGAGUGACACACCGGGGACUGUUCAACACAGCGAGCCGAGGAGCCGCGGAGAGAGCCGGGGAGAGAGCCGGGGAGAGAGUCGGGGAGACGGCGAGCUGUGGCCGGGCGGAGAGGCGCGUCGUGUCUGGAGACGGAGGAGAGUUACUCCGGGGGAGAGCGGCGAGCAGCAGGGCCAUUCCCGCGGGUUUCUAUUUGAUGGGGAUGUGUUCAAGACAAGAGAGGAUUCAGAGAGACAUCGACAUCGUGAUUCAGAGGUGCAAGGCAGAGAAAGACUGCCUGUUCUUCGAUUUCCGAUUCACCGACGCCACCUUCACGUUCACCUAUUCAAAAGGCUCCAAAAGGGUGUCCUACUCCGUCCACGUCUCUGAUGAUUACCCAGACAACACGUAUGUCUCCAACUCUGAGAACGACGAUGAAGUAUUAGUCACAAGAGAUCCUAUUCCAGUGAUUUUCCACAGAAUAGCAACAGAGAUAAGGAUCAAUAAUGAUGCCACCAGCUGUCUUUCCAUCAAGUCGAAGCUUCAGAUCGACAAAAACCCGUGCCAUUAUGCCAUAGAGGAGGACUCGGAGGGCGAUAAUGACUCUGAAGAGUUCUACUAUGGUGGUCAGGUGAAUUAUGAUGGCGAGCUUCACAAACACCCCCAGCUGGAGGCUGACCUGGCAGCCGUGAGGGACUUAUACGGCCAUCAUGCAGUAUCGCUCAGGGAAUAUGGUGCAAUUGAUGAUGUAGACAUCGAUCUACACAUUGAUGUCAGUUUCCUAGAUGAGGAAAUUGCCCUCGCCUGGGAUGUGAUCCGGACGGAACCUGUUAUCGUGCGUCUUCACUGCUCCCUCACGCAGUACCUAAAUGGACCAGUUCCCACCGUAGAUGUAUUUCAAGUGUCCACAAAAGACAGGUUCGGCCUGGGACAUCAGCUGAAAAAAAUAAUGCAGACCUUUGUCACACAGCAGUGGAAGCAUCAUACUAAAGAUAAGAUCAACUGCCCACAUAGCAAAAAGCAGACGGACAAGAAGGUGAAGUCUCCUCUGCACAUCUUCUCCACUCUCCGCAGGUCCCCCAGCUACCCUCCUCCCGGGUGUGUGAAGAACAAGAAGAAGCUGAAGCCCGAGCAGGACGGCUGCGUAUCCAAGUCGCACCGGCUCCUGCGCCGGACCUGCUCCAGCUCCGUGAAGCCGGAAGUGGAUGGCUGUGCCGGAAAAUCGCACAAGCUGCUCGGCCACUCGCUGUCGGGCGAGCCACGCCUGGAGCUGCCGCCUGUCCUCAAGCCUCAGCCCCACCGGCUGCUGCCACGGGCCACGGUGAAGCCUGAGGAGUGUGGGGCCGGCCUGCGGCCUCACCGGCUGCUGCCCCGCUCGGGCGAGCCUCGCUGCGAUCACGGCGGCGGAGGCGGUGGUGGUAGUGGUACUGGUGGGAGUAGUGAUUGUGGCGGUGCUCUGAAGCCCCACCGGCUCCUGAGCCGCUCGUGCUCAGGCAGUGUGCGCACCGAGGAGCUGGACGGCCUCAAGCACCACCACCGGCUGCUCAGCAGGUCCUACUCCAGCAGCACUAAGAUGGGUAAGGGCGAACUGCCCAAGGAGCCGGCCGGUGAGAGCCGCCGCCUCUCGCUUACCUCAGGGCUCAUCGGCAUCCUGGCCCCGGCGCUCUCUUCCACACCACCGCCAAACAACGGAGCAAAGUCUAUACCAGUCAGAGACCGUGGCUUUCUCGUCCAAACGAUGGAGUAUGCAGAGCAGAGGAUCCCGGUUCUGAAUGAGUUCUGUGUGGUCUGUGAUGAACCUCAUGUGUUCCAAAAUGGACCAAUGCUCAGACCCACAGUGUGUGAGAGAGAGCUCUGUGUCUUUGCCUUCCAAACACUAGGGGUCAUGAAUGAGGCUGCUGAUGAGAUCGCCACAGGUGCCCAGGUUGUGGACUUGCUGGUCUCCAUGUGUCGCUCUGCACUGGAAUCUCCGAGGAAAGUUGUCAUUUUUGAGCCAUAUCCCUCCGUAGUGGAUCCUAAUGACUCUCAGACCCUGGCCUUCAAUCCAAGGAAAAAGGACUAUGAUCGAGUAAUGAGAGCUCUCGAUAGCCUCACAUCCAUCAGAGAAAUGACCCAGGCUCCGUAUCUGGAGAUAAAGAAACAGAUGGACAGAGUUGACCCACUGGCUCACCCGCUGCUGCAGUGGGUCAUAUCCAGUAACAGGUCUCACAUAGUGAAGUUACCAGUAACCAGACAACUGAAGUUUAUGCACACCCCCCACCAGUUCCUUCUACUUAGCAGCCCACCGGCCAAAGAAUCCAACUUCAGAGCUGCCAAAGGCCUCUUUGGAAGUACCUUCGCUUUCCAUGGAUCACACAUAGAGAACUGGCACUCCAUUUUGAGGAAUGGUUUGGUCGUGGCAUCGAACACAAGACUGCAGCUCCAUGGCGCCAUCUAUGGGAGUGGAAUUUAUCUCAGCCCAUUGUCAAGCAUAUCCUUUGGCUACUCAGGGAUGAAUAAAAAACAACAGAAAAUUGCAUCAAAAGAUGAGACUGCUACAAACAAGACCAACAUUCAUCUGCAGUCACAGAAGAAAGGUCAGCAGCCGCAGUUCCUGCAGAGUCGCAAUCUGAAAUGCAUAGCCUUAUGUGAAGUCAUUACUUCCCCGGAUCUGCACAAGCAUGGCGACAUCUGGGUAGUUCCAAACACAGAUCAUGUCUGUACACGAUUUUUCUUUGUUUACGAGGACGGACAGGUGGGCGACACGAGCAUCAACACACAGGAGCCCAGCAUCCACCGGGAAAUCUUACGAGUCAUUGGCAAUCAAACCGCCACUGGAUGAAAGAAUACAAAACGCAAUACUGCUGCCUUCACCUGUCCUCCUGUCUCAAAGCUGGAUAUUUGAGCGUGGGAGGUCGCACCAUAGGUAUUUUUGGUAUCCACAAGAAAACAGUGUAGAGAAACAGAUUAUUUCCGACGUAUGGAAUUAGCUACAGUAUUUAUACCCCACAGACACCCCUGUGUAUUUACACUGGCUAAGCAAACUCUUACCGUUUUGCUGAGUUUAUAAAUAAAUUGUACAUUUUCAAAGGACACGGUACGUCUUUCAGCUCAACUGAUGGACAGCCUAUUUUUUUGUAAAGAAAAAGAGAAAAAAAGAAACUUCUUUGAGUAAUAUUUUGAGACUUCUACCAGAUGUUAUUUGGCCUUUUUGGGGAAAACAAGAUAUUCCUUUGUGGUAAUUCGCCAUCCUGCAUUGUUUACUGAGAGUUGUACUUUUAGAAGUAUGAUACUUUGUGUAUACAUAAGAUGUUGAUAUGCACUUUAUUUUUCUUAUUGUGAAGUAUAAGUUCUAACUUCAUCAUCUUAAAAUGCCUUUUGAAGAAGGAGUCGAUUUCACACGGUUUGAUUUGGCGAGUGUUUCCCAGUGUUGCGGAAAUGAAGAGCUGAAAGGUUGAUGUGUUUACAGUUCACAUGUUCCUGAGCUACAUGAGUUCCAUGCUACUCGGGAGUAGCUGUGGGUUUACAGUUCCCAAAAAAGAAGUCACAGUUACGAGUUUAUCCAUACCGAUUCCACUACAACCAUAUUUGCUCUAUUGUUUCAACCAGACUACUGUGACUUUAAGUUGCCGUUUUGGUAGAAUUGUCAACAAAAAAAAAGGAAAAAAAGAAAAAAAAAAAAGAAUCAGUACUUAUCAUGUAUUUGGGCAACACUGGAAGAAAAUAAAAUGCAUGUGGCUUUCCUUAAAAUUUCAGUCGAGUUGUGUUCCUAGAUAUGUUAAUAGCAUUUUUGAUAGAAGAAAAACUGGCGCCCGGUUGUAAAAUGUCUUUAAAUAUUUCAGUAUAAAUCUUUUUGUAAAGGUGAUUUUGAGGCAGAAUAAGUGUUUGCAGCUUGUUUUUACAUUGCCAUGUUUGCGGGCCAGUCUAAAUGUGAGAAUACACCCCCCUCUUUACUGUCAUACUUUUGCGGACGUGUUAGAAUUUGCUUUCGAGACGAGAAUGAUCCACAAAAAUGUACUCAAAAAUUAAAAAGAGAAAAAACUCAGAGCACUAGUGUUUCUCACCCACUGACAAAGUUCAGAAUGAUGAUGACUUUGAUGUACUUUGUAAUCACCACAUGUAAUCACCACAGAGCUGAGCAGUGCAUUAUUCUAUUCUCUCUUAGUUGGAAAAUGCUAAGAAUCUUUUGAGGUUUUUUUUAUAUUUUAGUUUUUUUUUUGUUUUGGUUUUGAGAGUGAUGUUAUUAAUAUGUUACGAUCAGGUCACGAUACUACACAUCUCCCCUACAUAACUUUUCCAAAGCUAUAUUCAGUUUCUACACAACCUAUUCAUUGGUUCAUUGUUCAUUAGGAUGUAAAAACUGAUGUCUGACGUUUGACUGAACAGAGUUCAAAGUUAAAAGUUAAAUCUCUGAAUUCUGCAGAAGAUUAUUAAAAAAAAGACUAUUUCAGACUCAUUUAUUUUUCAUCCUCCAUAUUAAAUCAUCUUUAAAUUCUAAAGGACAUAUAUUUUGAGGCACAAAUAAUAGUCAGAACCAUUAAUGCUCAACCCCACAACCUCACAAAAAGCAGUUAUUCUCACACACACACAGUAAUAUCCGAUGACUUUGAACAGCAAACAUCAUGUUUAAGUUAACUGUGAUGAGUGUUAAUGUUUGUAUGGUUUUGUAUAUUGUAGUGACACGUUUCAUGCUACUUAGCAUUUGGUGCCUUACAGAGAAGGAGUACUGGCAAAUAUAUAACAACACCACUGUACAUACUGUAAAUACUGCCAGGACAACACGGAGUCCAAAUAUUUUCUGUAUUCAGUUUUUACUUUUUUCUUUACUUUGCGAACAGAGCAAGCUUUUUGGCUUUUUACAAGUUAUGGAAAUAGUAGCUUAUGUACCUGUUUAUGUUCAUUAAAUUAGAAUUUGCCUAUAAAUCACAAA